AUGAAACGCGGGCCGACGGCUGCGGAUUGGCCAGCUAAGCGGCGCGACGCGCUUAGCUGCCCGUUUGGGAAUUCGCGUGGCCCGGCCGAUCCACGGUACUGCCAUCUGCGCUAGUGCCGCAUGGCCGCAUUAUUAGCUAAUACCGUACCAGCCACACGACGGACCGCCCCCAUCGAGCCCGAAGUACUACGUACCGAGUCGAGGGGACGCCAACGGUUACGUCAGCCUGCCUGACCCUCGAAAGUUGCAUGCUUCAAUGCCGUUUGAUGGGUCAAGUUCUGAUGCUUCACUUCCACCAUCAACCAACCCCGAUCUUCCGCCCUCAGCAACAGUACCACCACAAAUACACCCAUUCUCCGAUUCAACGUAUCGAGCAUAUAACGUAUCGAGCAUAUACGCAACACCCGCCCUACCAUGAGCUUCCUCCUCGGCGACAUCCAGGAGAAGGAGGUCUCGGGCCCCCGAGCCCCGAGCCUCCCGCCGCUCAACCCAUCCACGACCGGCUUUCCUGAGCCCAAGAAGCGGCGGCCCGCCUCCGCCUUCAAGCAGAAGCGGCACGCAGCGCCGCGAGACGACGCAGAGAAACCGACCCCGCCGCCCACGACGUCGAGUCGAGACGCGCCACCCGCACCGCAGAACCGCGGCGCCGGUGCGCGGUUGGACAAGCAGGGCAUAGACCGCGAGAACAGCGAGCGGCUGGCGUCCAUGUCGGCGGGCGAGAUCGACGCCGCGCGCGAGGAGCUCUUCAGCGGGCUGGACCCGUCCGUGCUGCAGAUGCUGCUGCGCCGCGCCAACCUGGACGCGCCCAGCGGCCCGUCACCCUUCGACGACCCCGCGCCGCCCGCGCCGCCCGAGAUCCGCGUCGAGGACGCGUCUGCGGACCGCCCGAAACACCCGCCGCCGCCCAUGGUAGCGGACGAGGAGGAGAAGGAGGGGAGUGGAGAAGCGGAGGCGGAGGCGCCGGGCGCGAUGUCAGGAACGAAGAAGACCGUACGCUGGGAGGAAGAAACCGCCGACGACCACCCCUCCGCCACCGGCCCCCCUACCGCUGCCGCGGCGCCGCCCUCGAAACCGCACUGGCCGCGGCCGCCGCAGCCCGCCGCAGACGACGAGGAGCUGGACCUGGCGGACCCGGACUUCCUGGCGAAGCUGCACGCGAAGUACUUCCCGACGCUGGCGGCGGACCCGGCGAAGCUGGCGUGGAUGGCGCCGGUGCCGACGGCGGGGUCGGCGGCGGACCGGGCGUCGCCGUACCACCCGGGGCAGGGGUCGGUGGCGGUGGCGGCGGUGCGGUUCGACUUCCGGGGGCGGCUGGUGCCGCCGCGGGCGGCGCGCGCCGUGCCGGCCACCCGCGGCCUGCACCACCACGGCGAGGCGCCCGAGGCCGCCGGCUACACCGUGCCCGAGCUCGCGCGCCUCGCGCGCAGCGCCGUCCCCGGCCAGCGCUGCGUCGCCUACCGCGCCCUCGGCCGCCUGCUCUACCGCCUCGGCGCCGGCGAGUUCGGCGGCCCCGCCGACCCCCUCGCCGCCGGCCUCUGGGCGCUCGCGCGCGAGGGCGCCGUGCUCCGCAGCCUCGGCGAGGAGGCCGGCGCCGACGAGGACGCGCUCGGCGACGGCGUGUGGGAGGCCGAAGCCGAGGAAGAGGAGGAGGGGGAGGCGCGCGGAGCGAGCGCGAGGAGGCCGCCCGUCGGCCGCCGGUACCACCGCAGCGCGCGCGCGUACGCCAUCGAGGCGCUGUGGCUGUACGAGAAGGGCGGGUGGAAGGAGAGGCUCCGCCGGGGGAAGUGAAAAGGGGGGAAGAGAGGGGGGGGGGGCCGCGGGCCCGCGGACGGCAGGGCGGAGGAGACGGCGCUCGCCGCGCUGCUGGCUCGCCCCCCCCUCCCCCCCCCGGGGACGACGCGUCUCCGAGACAGCCGGGCCGCAGGCGAGCAGCGCAGCGCAACGUCUACAGACGCCGCGCACCACGGCCACGCCUAUGCCGCGCACCGCAUCCGCGGUAGGCUUACUCACGCGCGCAUCUUCAUCUUUUGUAUCUGCUCGUCUUAUCUCACCUGCGGACGCGAGGAGCGACAGCAGCACCACGCGCACGCCGAGAAGACGCACAGGCACUCCCACCCCGGCUAGCGAGAGCCGCAAGGGGAACGCGAGGAGAGAGGGAGGGAGAGGGCGAGGGCACGGCUAAGCACGAAAGCGGGGUGGGCGGGAGGAAGAGACGACAUAUAUUCAUUUUUAUUUCCCCCCCGAUUUAUGUUCUGGCUAUUCUGAUACUGGGGGUAGGGCGACGGGGUCGAGAUAGCAGUGUGGAUGUUUGGGAUGUAUAUAUAUGGAUAUGGAUGGAUGGAGGAUGGCUAGAUAAGUAGGUAAGAUCUGAGGGAGGACGACCAACCCCGACCCCGACCUGACUAAAGCCACCAGGUCCUUGCGAACCUGUCCUCGGAUCGUUAGUUUAAAAAAAGGGUUGCUCUCCCACUC